AUGGCUGAUGCUGAUCUCUAUAAACUCGAAUUCCUGUCUCUGGUUGCAAAGAUCACUCAGGAGAUUGACAAUCAUACCGGGAUAAAUGACAAAACACUUGCCGAGUUCGUCAUCUCUCUCCACGACGAGUCGAAGACAUUAGCCGAGUUCAAGCAGAAGAUCAAAGAUGCUGGGGCGAAUUUUCCUGAGUCUUUCAUCGAGAACGUCGAUCGGCUCAUUCUAAGCAUGCAUCCAAAACAUAAGAAGAAACCAGCUGCUAGCGGCAAGGAGAACGCUUCGGCGGCAGACGGUGGACUGGAUGAGCUGGACAAGCGGAAACGCAUAUUCCCGGGUCUCGCUUUGAAGGACCAGGAGCGGCAGCCGAGUGCCACAAAGGAUGCUAUAAUGAUGGAAGUUGAUGAUAUGAUGUCUCAGCUCGAGGGCGCAGCAAAGAGGGCGAGGACAAAAGAGGUCGAGGAGGAACGCUUUCCGAAGCGACGUCGGUAUUCGCCAUCCCCGCCUCGUCGUCGUAGUCCCAGUCCUUUGCGUGGAAGAGGCUAUGGGGACAGAAGAGAUGACUCGCGAGGAAGGAAUAGCGUCCACGGUCGGUCGUUGGACGAACGGCCGGCGUUGUACAAGAUCUACGACGGCCGUGUCUCCGGCUUGAAGGACUUUGGAGCUUUCGUACAGUUGGAAGGUGUUGUCGGACGAGUAGAAGGUAUGGUUCACGUCUCCAAUAUCCAGCAAGGAGCGCGGGCCAACUCUGCAUCUGACCUCAUUAGUCGUGGACAGUCCGUGAAGGUCAAAGUAAUGAGUGUAGCGGGCAAUCGGAUAGGUCUAUCUAUGAAGGACGUCGACCAGGUGACAGGUCGUGACCUCACUCCUCACUUACGUAUCAAAUCAGAAGCAGAGCUCGCGGAGGAAGAACGCCUACAGGCUGCUCGUGGUGCUAAUGCUGUGCCUCUUAACUCCCGCGAGACCGGAAAGAAGGAGGUGGUGCGUUCAGCCAAGCGCCUAACCUCUCCGGAGCGGUGGGAGAUCAAACAGCUCAUCUCAUCCGGCGCCAUUGACGCGUCAGAAUAUCCGGAUCUCGAUGAAGAUUUUGCAAAUCCAAUGGCUCGUGCAGAGGUAGAGGAGGACUUGGAUAUCGAGAUAAGGGAGGAGGAGCCGCCGUUCCUGGCUGGUCAGACGAAGAAGACUUUGGACUUGAGUCCGGUCAAAAUCGUGAAGGCGCCCGAUGGCUCACUCAAUCGGGCUGCUCUUGCUGGUGCCUCUUUGGCGAAGGAACGAAGGGAGCUGCGACAGCAGGAGGCCAACGAGGAAGCCGAUUCUGAAGCUCGCGACUUCAGCGCUCCUUGGCUGGAUCCUAUGUCCAAGGAGAGCGACAGGAUCUUCGCUCAGGAUCUUAGAGGCAACCUAAGAGGCCAGAAGGCUGGUGAGCAGCCGAAGUGGAAGGAGGCCACAUUCAAUAAGGCGACCACUUUCGGUGAGAUUACUAGUCUCAGCCUCCAGGACCAGCGUAAGAGCCUGCCAAUCUACAAGCUUCGUGACCCGCUGUUGCAGGCGAUCCGUGAGCACCAGGUCCUCAUUGUCGUUGGCGACACCGGUUCGGGUAAGACGACACAAAUGACUCAGUACCUUGCUGAGGCCGGCUUCGCGGACAAGGGAAAGAUUGGCUGUACUCAACCUCGACGUGUCGCCGCUAUGUCGGUUGCAAAGCGUGUGGCCGAAGAGGUUGGAUGCCGUCUCGGUCAAGAAGUCGGGUACACAAUUCGUUUCGAGGAUUGCACCAGUCCAGAGACACGGAUCAAAUACAUGACUGAUGGUAUGCUUCAGCGAGAGUGUCUUAUCGAUCCGGAUGUUAGCGCAUAUUCCGUGGUCAUGCUGGACGAGGCUCACGAGCGGACCAUUGCCACCGAUGUGCUGUUUGGCCUUCUGAAGAAGGCCAUCAAGCGACGGCCAGAACUGAAGCUGAUCGUUACAUCGGCCACUCUGGAUGCUGAGAAAUUUUCCAAGUACUUCUUCGGCUGUCCGAUCUUUACUAUCCCUGGUCGUACAUACCCCGUAGAAAUCCUCUACACGAAGGAGCCCGAGACCGACUAUCUAGAUGCAUCGCUCAUCACUGUCAUGCAAAUUCACUUGUCGGAACCUCCCGGUGACGUCCUGCUAUUCUUGACUGGACAGGAGGAGAUCGACACCUCAUGCGAAAUUCUAUACGAGCGCAUGAAAGCCCUAGGCCCGAAGGUUCCAGAGCUCAUCGUCCUUCCCAUCUAUUCCGCGCUGCCAUCGGAAGUUCAGUCGAGGGUCUUUGAACCUACACCGCCGGGAGCUCGAAAAGUCGUCGUGGCGACUAACGUGGCCGAGACAAGUCUAACAAUUCCCGGUAUCUACUACACGAUGUUGACUGCGCUGGAGUCGCUCUACGCGCUCUCAGCGUUAGACGACGAGGGUCUGCUGACACGGUUGGGCCGGAAGAUGGCGGACUUCCCAAUGGAACCGCCACUCGCGAAGAUGCUAAUCGCAUCCGUGGAGCUGGGAUGUUCGGAAGAGAUUCUGUCCAUCGUGGCAAUGCUAUCUGUCCAGAGCGUGUUCUAUCGCCCGAAGGAGAAGCAGGGUCAGGCGGAUUCCAAGAAGGCGAAGUUCCAUCAGCCGGAAGGCGAUCACCUCACCCUACUCACGGUAUACAACGGUUGGAAGGCGAGCAACUUCUCUAACCCUUGGUGUUACGAGAACUUUAUCCAGGCGCGGAGCAUGCGGAGAGCGCAGGAUGUGCGGAAGCAGCUGCUGGGCAUCAUGGACCGCUAUAAACACGACAUAAUCUCGGCAGGUCGAGAUUACAAUCGCGUCCGUAAAGCGAUUUGCUCCGGCUUCUUCCGGAACGCCGCAAAGAAAGACCCGCAAGAGGGUUACAAGACCCUUGUGGAAGGCACUCCUGUCUACAUACACCCGUCUUCCGCGCUGUUCAACCGCAACCCUGAGUGGUGCAUCUACCAUGAGCUGAUCUUGACCACCCGAGAAUAUUGCCACAACGUUACAGCCAUCGAGCCGAAGUGGCUCGUGGAGGUGGCGCCACAAUUCUUCAAGGUAGCCGACGCGAACAAGAUUAGCAAGCGGAAGAAGCAGGAGAAGAUUGAGCCGUUGUACAACAAGUAUGAGAAGCCUGAUGAAUGGCGGUUAUCAAAGGUCAAGCGAAGUGCUCGCUCGAGUCAAACAUUCGGAUGA